GGGCCGCGGGGCGAGGCGGGCCAAGAUGGCUGGGAGUUUGCCGAGUGGCCCGCGGCCCCGGGGCCCGGCUCGCCCUAGGAGAGGCGAGGGGGGGCGCAGGGGGCCGGGGAUGGCCCCGGCGGGCUGGGGCUGGGGCUGGGGCCGGGGCCCCCUGCUCUGCGGGCUGCUGCUGCUGAGUCUGGGCCCGGGGCCGCCCGCCUGCCGCGGGGCGCAGCUCAACGCCUCGGCCGCCCGGGACCGCUGCAAGCGAGCGGCGCCCUGCGAGCGCCUCCGCUCCAACGCCUGCCUGGGCUCGGCGCUGCCCUACGCCGCCACCUCCACGCUGCUGGCCGCCGACUCGGGCUCCCAGGAGGAGGCGCACGACAAGCUGCUGCUCUGGUCCGGUUUGCGGAACGCCCCUCGCUGCUGGGACGCAAUUCAGCCCUUGCUCUGCGCCGUGUACAUGCCCAAGUGUGAGGACGGCCAGGUGGAGCUGCCCAGCCAGACCUUGUGCCAGGCCACGCGGGGUCCGUGCACCAUCGUGGAGCGGGAGCGGGGCUGGCCCGACUUCCUCAAGUGUACCACAGACCGCUUUCCCGAGGGCUGCCCGAACGAGGUGCAGAACCUAAAGUUCAACAGCUCGGGCCACUGCGAGGCCCCGCUGGUGCAGACGGACAACCCCAAGAGCUGGUACGAGGACGUGGAGGGCUGCGGCAUCCAGUGCCAGAACCCCCUCUUCACGGAGCACGAGCACCGCGACAUGCACGUUUACAUUGCCGCCUUCAGCUCCGUCACCAUCUUCUGCACCUUCUUCACGCUGGCCACAUUUGUUGCUGACUGGAAGAACUCGAACCGUUACCCGGCCGUCAUCCUCUUCUACGUCAACGCCUGCUUCUUCGUGGGCAGCAUCGGCUGGCUGGCGCAGUUCAUGGACGGGGCUCGCGGUGAGAUCGUGUGCCGAGCCGACGGCACCAUGCGGCUGGGAGAGCCGACCUCCAACGAGACUCUCUCCUGCGUGAUCAUCUUUGUCAUCGUCUACUACUCGCUGAUGUCGGGCGUGAUCUGGUUCGUCAUGCUGACCUAUGCCUGGCACACCUCUUUCAAAGCACUGGGCACCACCUACCAACCCCUGCUAGGCAAGACCUCCUACUUCCACCUGGUCACCUGGUCCAUCCCCUUUGUCCUCACUGUCGCCAUCCUGGCCGUCGCCCAGGUGGACGGAGACUCCGUCAGCGGCAUCUGCUUUGUGGGCUACAAGAACUAUCGGUUCCGCGCUGGCUUCGUCCUGGCUCCCAUCGGCCUGGUGCUGAUCGUGGGAGGCUAUUUCCUGAUCCGAGGUGUCAUGACUUUGUUCUCCAUCAAAAGCAACCAUCCCGGCCUGCUGAGCGAGAAAGCUGCGAGCAAAAUCAACGAGACCAUGUUACGGCUGGGCAUCUUUGGCUUCCUGGCCUUCGGCUUCGUGCUCAUCACCUUCGCCUGCCACUUCUACGACUUCUUUAACCAGGCUGAGUGGGAACGGAGCUUCCGGGAGUAUGUCCUGUGCGAAGCUAACGUGACGAUCGCCAUCCAAACCAACAAGCCGAUCCCAAACUGCGAGAUCAAGAACCGGCCCAGCCUUCUGGUUGAGAAGAUCAACCUCUUUGCUAUGUUCGGCACCGGCAUUUCCAUGAGCACCUGGGUGUGGACCAAAGCCACCCUCCUCAUCUGGAAGCGCACCUGGUGCAGGCUGACCGGCCAGAGCGACGACGAGCCCAAGAGGAUCAAGAAAAGCAAGAUGAUUGCCAAGGCCUUCUCCAAGCGGAAGGAGCUGCUGCACAACCCAGAGCAGGAGCUGUCCUUCAGCAUGCACACCGUCUCGCACGACGGGCCCGUGGCUGGUUUGGCUUUCGACAUCAACGAGCCCUCAGCUGACAUGUCUUCGGCCUGGGCCCAGCACAUCACCAAGAUGGUGGCCAGGAGAGGGGCUAUCCUGCCGCAGGACAUCUCCGUCACACCCGUGGCGACACCCGUGCCGCCGGACGAAAGGGCGAACCUGUGGGUGGUGAAUGCAGAGAUCUCGCCCGAGCUGGAGAAGAGAGCCAGCCGCAAGAAGAAGAAGAGGAGGAAGAAGAAGGAAGUCUGCCCCCUGGGGCCCGCCAUCUGCGACAUGGGCUACUUCACCUCGCAGGCCCGCAGUGCCAUCCCUCGCCUGCCCAAGCUGCCAAGGCAGAAGUGCCUGGUCUCCAACCCCAGAGGAUCUCAGCUUGGGGAAGAGGUGCCACCUCUGGGCUCCUACCCUGGCCUGAGGCUCAGCAUCUCCCAGCAUGAAGGCCUCUUCCCCCAGGGACCCCAGGACAAUCCCGCCAGCUCCAGGAAACACGAUGCCCUCCGUCUGAUCAGCAACCCCUUCUGCCCCGAGACCAGGCCCCAGGAAGAUCUGGCCCUCGAGGGCAGCGUGAGGUGCUUCCUUGCACGCCAGCAGUACAACAGCUCGUACCGGCCCCCUGACGCAGGCCUGGAUCCUGGUGCCCUGGCCGGUGGGAGCGUCCCCUGCGGCCCAAGGACUCAUGGCAGAAGGGCAGGCUUUGCCUCCAUCCACUCCCAGACAAAUCUCAUGGAUGCCGAGCUGCUGGAUGCCGACUCAGACUUUUAGGGCAGGAGGGACCCAGACCCUUUCUGCUGCUUGGAUAAGCCCUGGAGACCACCUCUUUAGGAGACAGACUGUGGAGGAGCCUACAGACCCCCCAGCAUACAGACACGGGUUUAAAGCUCACGCUCCAGGUUCCGACCAGGUACGGUUUUCGCUCGGAGGCAGGUUCUUCUCUGCUGCAAACCUUGAUGCUUCCUUGGUAGUUUGCGGCUGCUUUUGAACUCCUUUCCCAUCCUGGGUUUCCCAGGCACCUCCCUGCUGAUCUUCCCACCCGAGACAUUCAGCCCUCGCCCUGCUCGCGGGAGGGAGCCAGCCCUCGUCUCAGCUGGUUGUACGACAGCUGGACAUGGCCUACCAGGUAUUGUUAUUUAUUGCUCCGCGGGUGACGGAAACAAAACCAAACGGAUGUUUGCUGGUGAUGCCCCAAGAGGCCGGGCUCCUGCGGGGCUUCUGGGAUGGAUCCAGGAUGCCCCAGCUCCCAGAUGGAGUCGUGGAUUGUUCCUUUCUUCACCCUGCUGCAUGGAGUUUUUUGAGGACUCCCCCAACGGCAGCUCUGCCCCAACUGGGUGCUGUUUGCUCCCCGAUCUUUGGACUGGGGGUUGGGAUGAGCCUAGAAGAAGAAGAGAAACGUCCCUUGAUGGCCUGGUAUCAGGGAGGCUGGGGGUCUAUACAGAGAGGAGCCUCUCCAAGGGCAGAGUUAAGACCCUGUGGCUUCCUUAUUCCAGGAGCUUCCGGCUGUCCCAUGAACCACACUGGGGACUGAAAGGAAGGGGAUGGUGGUUCUUUGCCAUGGCAGCUGUAGUAGAUGGCGGGAGAGUUUAUUUAGGGAUCUGUCUAUUCAGCUUUCCGAAGCACUGGGGCCGCGUCGCUCCCAGAUCUUCGCCCAUUCGCUAUUGCCAGGAGAGGUGGAGACUUUGUACAGGGAGGGGCAACGUGUGUAACUCGUCACCAGCAUCAACCUCAGUGACUCAGCCAAUCAUCACAACCCUCCUUGGGGCGCAUCUAAUAGUUCCCCGUACAUCUGGGGGCGGGGACAUAUUACCCAGCCCUGGAACCAGGGGCCUGGGCCAGACUUGUGAUGAACGGGACAGAAUGUGAGCUGCUGGAGGGCAAGGAGUCCCAGCUUGUAGUGCUCCAUGCGGCUCUCACGAAGCAUUGCAUGCUGGGACUUGUAGUCCCUUGCAUUUUGGAACUUGUUGUCCUCUCUGAUAUAUGUCUAUUAAUGCCCCUGUUGAAGAUCCUCCUGGCUUGCUAGAUGGGUCCAGUUCAAAACAAGCACACACUCAGCCUUCCCCUUUGAAGGCUCCAUCCCUGUGUGUGGAGGAAGCUAACUGGGCCCCGCCCGGCUAGAUGUUACUUAGUGGGUUUGAAUAUUUCUGUUGUGCUACUGGUUUUUUAAUGUAUCUGUAUAACACACUGAGACGUUUACUGGUGCUGAAGGCCAUAAAAGGGAUGUCCCAGCUAGAAGUUCCUUACAGGAGCAUGUCAUGUCGCCUGCCUUGGGCCCGGAUCUUGUUUACUGUGCUUUUCACUGUGGAAUAUAAAACAUUGUCACCCUUCCCACACCCAAAAUGUGCCCCGUUCUAAGCCGGGGCUCCCCGUUCUGCCCCCCAUUCCGCCAGUGUCACUCCACUGAAGUCAGUGGAGUUACUCCAGAUUGAAACUGAGAACCGAAUAAGACCCGUCAUCUGUAUCAGAGCUGCGCGCUCGUGUUCCCUUUGGUCACCGGGAUCCCCUUCACAAAGACACGGCCUCAGAGGAUGUAUUCUUGCUGGGGAGGGCCUUAUUCCUCCUGUGUCCCAGCAUCCCAAGCGGUAGGGAAGUGGCUUUUGAUUGGCUGACAGUGAUGGCCGAGAGCAGCUGUGCUCCAAACCAGAGCAGCUGGCCUGAGGCGAAACAGAAGCAGCUGUGCUGGAUGGACUGUGUUGGAGGAGGGGUGUUCCCCAAGCUGCGGGCAUGUAAAGGGCAAAUAAAACUUCUUUUCUGGUGCGCUAGCGCCCUCAGAACCUGCCAGGUGGUUGGAAUCCCCUUUUGCUCAAGAGUUGGUGGUUAAAUGGGACGUGCGCUUCACUUAAAGGGCGGAGUCUCUCAUGUGCAAGCCCCGCCCCAUCUGACUGUUUCUGUGUAAGGGGCGGAGACUCUCAAGGGCUAACCCCACCUCUCCGGUGUAAGGGGUGGAGACUUGCUGGUGCUAACCCCUCCCCUCAGUCUGAGGGUCUGUCUGUCCGAAUUGUUGACCUCCGGAGGUCAGGGGAGCUCAAAACCAGCUCGACCUUUGACCCAGAACUCAAACCUGGAACUUCCAGAAGGUUUAAAAAGUCCGGCUGCCACAAACCGCUCGUUUUCCACGUUCGUGAGCCGCCGGGUUCCAGCUGGCAAUGCCCCAGACGCAGGGAGGAAGUCUCGUCUCGUGGCAUUUCUGGGCAUGCAGGGAGUCUCUUCCCCCUGGACGGGCUGAGCUGAAAAGUCGGGCUGAAGAUAUAAAGUUUGCAGGGGCGGGUCUGGACCCAGGGUUCCAGUUUGGCCCAUUGUAAGGAGGGGGGCAGCCAGGCCCAUUGUAGCCAGAUCCGAACUCCCCCAAAGUUCGGGGGGGACUGGAGCUGGUGUUCUCAUUGAGUCCUGUCAAAACUCCUAGCCUGGCUCUGCAGGGGCAAGGGGGUUGGAGAAGCAUCGAAGUGUCUUGGUUUCUCCUGACCCUAAUUAUCUCACUGAGGGCUCUGCACUGCAAAUUUUUGUACAGGGCCCAGUAUACAGAGGCUGGCACAUGCACACACUGCUAAGUGGAUCUCUCCAAAUAAUAUAAUGCCCAGGAAAAAUGCUGCAGCUUUAUGCGGGAAUUAAGGCGGUAAAUGAUUCCAUAAGAACGUAGGAAUUUUGGAUCCUAGGAAGACCGGUUCAGUCCCCAGGUGUAUCUAGUUCAGUAUCUUGUCUCUGACAGCAGUCCAUACCAAAUGCUUUGGAAGAAGGUGUAAGACGACUUCUAGUGGUCAAUUAUAGAAUAAUCAGCCCUUCAAUGGGGUUUCUUCCCAGACCCUGGCAGUGUUAAGCAGACUAAGCCCUAAGGCAUGAGGUUUCAUAUCCUUUCUAACAUGUUUUCUAUCUGUCGGUGUUUAUUAUUCAUGUAAAUGUCUAAACUUUUGUUGAAUCCUGCUAAUUCCUGGUCUCAGUGAUAUCCAGUGACAGCAAGUUCCACAGGUUAAUUUUUCUGUCUAAAAGAAAAAAACUGCUUUUAUCAGUAUUAAAUUUGCUACGUUUCAA